AUGAGCCAAUACGAGAGAGUUUGUGCCUUGUUAACUGACACAGUAAUGUUGAUGUGUAAAAAUGGAGUUCAAUUCAGUAAUGAGCUUAAAGUUCAGGGAUUAAUAGGACUUACAGCUGAUAAGGAAGUUUUCAUUAUUCAGAUCAAUGAAGUUAUCAAAGCUGAGGAUGAUAAUGUUAAAUUUCAAAAGCCUAAAAAAAUUGUGGAUAGCUCUAGAUUUACAGACUUUGAGCGAAAGUCAUCUGAGAAGAAAACAAAACAAUAUGAAACAUUGAAAAAGUCUUCACCGGUCAGUACUUCAGUUGCAUCUCCCAAUCAAACAUCAAAUUCUCAAUGUGAAGGCCCGACAGCAGAUGAACACGAGCCUCCUACAGUAAACAAUUUUGUUGGCCACACUCAUGCUCAUACUCACACUCACAACAGUUAUCACAUUUCUACUAUUAAUUAUGAUUAUUCAAACAACAUUGAUGAGUCAGAAGGCAACGUUUCAAACGAGCAAGCUACAGAUAGCUUUAUUGAUUCCAACACUCAUCUUGAUCCAGCAUCACCUGAAGGACCUGAUAUUAACACAACUGAACAACUGCCUCUAGAUUUGAAUAUGGAACAGAACUCACCUAUAGACUUGCAUGUGAAAAGCAUUCCAAAUUGGUCAUCUAGUUAUAUUGAAUCUCAGGUGAAUGGCACAAGCUCAUCAGCAGAAGAUGUUCCAGAUGUUAAACCAUCAGCCAAUGACUUGGAAGAUUGGGCAGCUAACAACAUGGCCUCGUUACCGGUUCCAAGAGCUAACCAUUCUGCUAUUUCACUUUUGAAAAUGAAAUCCGAGAAACGACGAUACACAGAUCAUAUGAGAAAACAUCAAUCAACUGGUGCCAUAAACUUGAAGACAAACAACAGCUUGACAUCUUCCAGCCCAUUACAGUCCAUUGGCCAGAAACAUCAACAAGAGCAGCAACAACAGCAGCAGCAACUCUCACAGAAUUAUGCUUCCAACAACAACAGCAGCAGCAGUUGUGGCAAUGGUUUUGAUGACUUCACCUCUUCAAAAUAUACCUGUACUCUAUGUCCAGCUGCUUAUAAACAUUAUUGUAACCUUCUGACACAUGAGGUCAAAGUUCACGGCAGGCAGAAAAAGAAAGGAGGUAGGAGAAAAAAACUGGAGGAAUAG